AUGUCGGAGGAGCGUCUCUGGAAGUUCUCGAAGCCAGAAUGGCUGAAUAGCGCAUGGGCGCGCAACGCAGGUGUCUACGGAGCUGGUGGUCUGUACUCGCUAGCCUUCUACUGCCUCCUCGACGCCGCCGUGUGGUCAAAGUCCGGGCGCAACGGCUCCGACGUGCACGUCAACUUCAUCGACUGGCUGCCGCUCAUCUUCAGCAGCCUGGGAAUGUUGAUCAUCAACAGCGUGGAGAAGACGCGGCUGUCGGCCGACUCGUUCAGCUACUCCGGGUCCGGAGUCGCCUGGAAGGCGCGCGUGGUGCUGUUCCUAGGCUUCGCGGCGCUGGCCGGUGGCAUGGCCGGCGGCGUCACCGUGUUCGUGCUCAAGUUCGUCGUCCCCCACGUCGACUGGCCCAUGAUGGGCAUGGGCGUCGAAAACGUUGUUGCCAACGCCCUGGUCGGCCUGAGCAGCGUCGUGUUGUGGAUCAGCCAGAACAUGGAGGACGAGUACUCAUACAACCUGGCCCUGUGA